CCCCAAAGUUUAAACAGCUGCCGUGUCGAACAGUUUCGGAAGUUGCGGACUAGCAAUAAAUGCGCAUCGGUUUUGGGAUUCCUAGCUGCGUAACACCUGGCCUCCCUCGCAGACGGAGGGGCGAGAAACUUUGCAGCCAGGUGCGCGUGUCCAGGGAGAGAAAAGAGGGGCAAACGGAAGCGGGCGAGAAGCGCGCCGCCUGCCCGUUGAAGUCUGCGGUGGCGGCGCCGCCUCUUCCUGUGCAAGGGAGCGAAGCCGCUCCAAACCAGCCAGACCGCGAGCGAAACUGAAACACUUCUUCGGUUGACGUCCUGCCUCCUUGCCGUCUCCCCCCCCCCCCAAAAAAAAAGUCCGCGAGGCGCGUCAAGAGGCUAUUUGUGCCACUAGGCGCGCGCCGGCAGACGCACGUGACAGGACUAGCCCACGUUUCCCAGUCCCUCUGCGAAUACUGGGGAGGGGGGGGACGGGUAAAGAGCGGGCGAACUGCCUGUUCGAACUCUCCUCCCCUUCGAUCCCGCACGUGAUUCCCCCUCCCCGGAACGUGGUAUUGUGUAAUCACGUGACCCCCCCUUUACGGGGCUCGCGCCUGCGCGCGCGCGCGGGGAGAGUUGGGGGGGUAGGUGGGCCGUUGAGGGAGGGCUCGCGAGUGCGGUGGCGGUUGGUUGGUUGUGGUUGGUAGUGGUAGGGUGGGGGGAGGGGGGCUGCGUACGCGACGGAGCGGGGUGCGAAGAUGGCGGACGAGGAGGCCGAGCAGGACAGCGGCAGCCACGGCCCUGGCGGCGAGAGCGGCCUCCUCCCUCUGGAUAUGCGGCGCUUGAAGGGGCGGCUGCUGGAGCUGGAGACGGGGCUGCGGGAGAGCCGGGAGCCCGCCGUGGAGGCGGCCGCCGAGUACUGUCAGCAGCUCUGCCAGGUCAGGACGGGGCCGGGGCGGGCAGGCGGGAGGGUCCUCUCUCUCCUUGCCUCCUCCUCCUCCUCCUCCUCCUCCAGCGGGAGCAGGAAGGAGCUGGGCCGCGCUGCUGCUGCUCUCCUCCUCGAAACUGGCUCUGAGGGAGGGAGCGGGCGAGCAGAAGUGGCCCGCCCCCCUCGCCGGGAGGGGAGUUCAUCGCGGGCCCGGAAUCCCCUCCCCCCACAACCUGUCUUCCCGGCAGCUCCCCACCCCCCACGCGGCUCCCUCUUCGACUCGGCCCCUUUGUUUUGCUGCUGCUGCCGCCGCCGCCGCCUCGGGUCUGGAGGGGCCUUUGUCUGCUGAUGGCGGCGGCGGAGAGCCCGUGCCCCUGGCCCAGCAAUAAGCCGGAGCGUGAAGGAGGGGAGGGGAAGGGUGGCUUGUUCCAGCGGGAGGAAGCGAGGGAAGGGGCUGGCUAUGGGGGCUCCCUCACCCGCUCGGUUGUACCUCGAGGACUCAUGCUCCAGGUGCCAGAGAAGGAAGUCCUGCCCCGGUUUCCCCUUAUGCCACAAAUAUUUCAAUAUAACCCAUCAGCUUGCCCAUGGGAGCUAGCGCGCAGCUGCCCCACACCGGGAGGCUUAGUCGUAAGGCUCCCUUCAUAUGUUACCCCCAUAGACGAGCAUAGGAAGAGUCAGUCUAGUGAUCAGGGUUUCCGGAGUAUCUUUGAGCCAGUGUUGUUGUGAUUGAACGAUCUUUCUAACUGCCCUUGGAUUUUGUCAAUUAAAUCAGGUUACUCUAAACUAACAUGGUAUUUGUAGUGUUUGCUCAGGAUGCACACUAUUGCUCUUUCCACAAAUGUCUUGCCCAUCAAAUGUCUGUUUCCGCCAAUUUGUCGAUUGGAAAACUGUCAUUUCAGAAAUCCACUUAGUUCAAAACUUACAUAUUUGAAUGGAAGACAUGAACUGCUUUAAACAAUCAUGCUUGAAACAGAUACUUUUUGAUACAAUCACACAAAAAUAACAUAUUGGCCUGGUUCUCGUGUCACUUAAAGUAUCAUUCACCUAAGUGGCAUGCUGUUGAAAUGUCUUACUCCGGAUGCUAAGCCAUAGUUUGGUCUUAAUGUUAUGUCUGAACCCGAACUCAUGAUUGGUUUCUUCCUAAACUACGAGUGGUAAACCAAGGUUUGUGUUUUGUUUACCACUUUUGUGUAUGGCUGACUUGGUAUAAGACAGCUUUCUAUUUCUGUGCAUGUUUGCUCAAAAGAAAAUCCCGCUGUGUUGGGUGGAAUUUAAUUAAUUGUUAUUAAGUUUCUUUUUUCUAGGUCAGAAUGUUUUUUUUAAAAUUUAGGCCUAUAAUAAUGGAUCACAUUCAGUUUUUGUCCAUCUGUAUAUAUAGUCAAUAGGGAGUCAGCCUUAGGAUUUACUCCUCACCUCUGUCAAACCAUUUACAACCAUCCCAUCAUUCCCAACUACACUGUUGAUUUUAUUCACUCCUGCUUUCAGGAGUUCUCAACAGUGUAGUUGAGCUCUCCAACAUCAGCUCAGUGUCUCUUGAUCAUAUAUCUUAAUUGAGAUUUGAAACUGUGCAUUAGGCUUCAGUUUAUGUAUUUCUAAAAUGUAUCAGGCCUUGUUCAUGUGAACUAGCUAUGGCAUUUAACUUUAUCAGUUGCCUUUUGGAAAAAAACCUUUGUUCAAGUUGAUGUAAUAAAAUAGAUAAUCCUGAUUUUAUGAGAUGAAAUUAUAAUUAUUUCCAUUUUACAUGUUCUUAUUCCAUUCUUCCACCUUUUUUCUUACACACAAUCUAGCUCUUAAUUAUAAGUUUGUGUGUGUGUAUAUAUAUAUAUAUAUACACACACACACCUUAUUUGUUGUGUAUAUGUAUAUCUUAAUAUUUACUAUGAUUUAUUCACUAUUAUGGAUAUUGAUGUUUAUGUGAUUAAUAAUAAUAAAAAUCAGAUUAUGUAAACAAGAUUGGGUGGAUGGGAUCCAAGGAACAGCCAGGAACUUUGGCUCCUGAUGGUUCCUUUGGAGUCCCAUCUUUACCCACACCAUAUCUGAUGUCAUGCAUGGUAUCAGGUGUGGGAUGUGUGGGUAUGACUUCCUAAAAAUGGCCUGGUGGGCCAUGUUUGGUACAUGGGUCUGAGGUUCCCCACCACUGUACUAUCAGUGACAAGAGUGAGAAUUCCUGACUCCCUAGCUGUGUAUGCCCCUUUCUGUGAUAAGGCGUGUUCAAACUGGCUCACAGCAAUGCCAGAAUAGGGUAUAAUAGUAGGAAAAUCUAUAGCAAUUCAAUUGAUAGUCUCCCCCCCUUUUCUAAUACUUAAUUUAUCCUUCAAUUUUAAAAGAAAUUUUGUGAUGGGUGUUUAUGAAAGAUGUUACAUCUAGCUAAAAGGCAGUUUAUCUUUUAGCUAUGCCUCCGUUGCAAUCAAAGAAAUUUGGGAGAGUCGAGUACUUCUUAGCUUUAUAGAAGCUUGGAUAAAGAACGGUAUACAGUGUAAAAUUAAAGGGGGCUUGUAUUCUCUCAAGUCCUUGCAUCUUCAUUAUAGUGGCAGGCCAGACACAGGCCUGCCUAGUUAGAAGGGAACUCAUCAAAAACUCUCCACCACAGUGUGAUGGUGCUUUAACAAGUGAAAAUGAUUUCCAGGGCUGAACUCACCUGGUGUCUUUCAUGUAUUAAUGUAAUUAUUUAAUUAUAUUUUUAUUUCGCUUUUCAGACAAAUAUUGUAUCUCAAAAUGGCUUACAUCAAUCAAAUGUUAGAUACUGGCCCUGCCCUCAGACUUACAAACUAGAAAGACAAGAUGUACAAGGGAAGGGGACUGGAGGGAAAAGGUAAAGGAGGGAGAUCAAUUUAACAAUGCCAAAAUAAACUGAUUAGUUGUAAUCAGGCAUUUGUAUCCAGUUGAGGUUAGGUGAUCUUUCCUUACCGGUGUUUUUGAACAGAUAGGCAUGGUGUGGCAACCUGGCGAUCCUUAGUUCUGACAUUAGCAGAAGCCAGGUUAUCCUUCUCACAGUCUCGGGGAAAUUCUUUGGGUGCAAAAGUCCAUAGUGACUCUGAAUUUGCACUUGGCAGUACUGCUUUGGAACAAUUGGCCUAGCUCUCAUAAAGAAAGGGAAUAGAGAGAGGGCCAGAUUUGUCCUCCUUCACAGGUGUUUGAUACCCCCUCCCUUAGUGAUCCUGCUCAGAUGUAUUAGUAAUGUAAAAUGAAAUUUAUUAUGUAUAAAUUAUUGCAUGUUAAUAGAUAAUACAUGCUUUCUGCCACACUUCAGAUUCUUUGAAGAAAAGGUCCAAUACGAUGUUCAUGUAUUAUUCUCUAUGUAGAAAUAUUCUCCUUUGGGUUUUUCCCAAUUGAAGCCUCUGUUUCAUGGCAUCAAUCUAUUAAUGUUCAUAAGGGUUACUUCCCAUUUGGUAACACUGGUUUUUUAGAAUUAAAUGAUUCUUCACACUAGUUGACAAAAUAUUCUAACAUCCCCCAGAAUUCAUGCAAUUGACAGCAUGUAGUUCUUUGUGAUAGACCAUAUUAGUUUUGGGCAACAAAACAAAAAGGCCAUGGAAAUAUAAUAAUUAAGAUUUUCAUUUUAGUGUGCCUCACUGGCAAAGCGUUCAUUGUUGUUGUUUUUUAAUAAGAUAUUUAUUAAGGUUUUUUGAAAUAUUACAGUGAAAAUGAAAAAGAAAAGAGAAAAAUACAAAAUAAAAACAGUUAAAAACACACAUAUUUUCUAUUACUUAUUUUCCUUUAGCUUGUUUCCCAGACCUCCUCGUACCUCCCUUUUUUGUAUUCCACUUCAAUUUAUUGGUUCAGCAAAUCCUUACCAUUAGAUUUUAACCCAUUUAUAACCCUUUUUUUUCAUAUUCUCUUAGAGCAUUACAGCUGGAAACCGCUUAAUUACUAUCCAACAUCAUUCUAUCAUUCAUUAAUUUUACAAUAUUUCUGUAAAUAGUCUUUAAAUUUCUUCCAAUUGCAUUCUCUAAUGCCAUUUCUCAUGGAGAGAAGAGAUUUAAAAAUGCUGUAUCUUAGACACCAUGAAGAAAGGUGGAAUAAUUGGGCAACAAACGGAAAACUAUUGUCUAUACAGUUGACUCACAACUCGCACAGGGAUUAGGUUCCAGGGACUGUGUGUAAAGCUGAAAUUGCACAUAGUCAGAACAACCCCAGAACCAGCCCCUGCAUAACUAUCUCUAUUUCUUCCAAUUGUUACCUGUGCUAGGAGAAUUCUUUGUGAUUUAUAUUUGUGUCUCUUGAAUUAUUCCUAUCCUCCUGCUAUUAUAGUGGAUUAAGAGACAAAAAUCAUUAUGAUUAAUAUUUCAUUUUUAAUUGUAUAUAGAAUAGUCUCACUUGCUCAUGGCACAGUACCAAUCAUUAGGCAGAAUUUGAAGAUACCCCUUGUCUACAGUAACAUUACCAAGUUUAGCUCUAACAUUACCAAGUCUAGAUCUGCAUUUCUAUGCACCCUUAAAUAGGAGUUAGUUCCACUCAGUGGGACUUGCUUUUGAGUAAACAUGCAUUUCAGUGUAUAAUUUUUUUUAAGCUUUAUUGCUUUGUUAAAGAGAAGGACAUUUUUAAAAAUCAUUCUACAGCUAGGCAGUACCUGGAAAUCUCAGAAGCCAGAGGGGGUUAGACAGUACACAGAGGGUUUAUUUAUCUUCUACAUAUCAUGUUGAAUGAGCUGUGAGUUUUCUGCACAGUUUUCUCUCACUGUCCAGGCCCAGCUAUGCUUGACCAAAAGCUUGAGCACCAUGUACCUCAGAGCCUCUCUUUCUCCAAAAUGGAAUUUUUGUGCUCUGCAUAGCUCUGUACUAUUACAAAUUGGCUGACGAAAGCUGAGUAACAAAAUACACAAAUACAUGCAUAGUUGCAUACACUGGUCUCAUCAGGAAAUAAUGAACACUUCCAAAAACAAGUGCAAGAGAUAUUUCUUAGUGUUUCUACUCUCCUCUGUCCCUCGUCCCUAAGGUAAGGCUAAUAGGUCAUUUUCCAACUCACAAAAUUCCCUGUAGAGUUGUAGCACUAGAUCAGAAAUCCAGUCUUUUCUGCUUGUCCAAUGGAGCUGUUAUGAAGGGUGAGUGACAUUAUUUCAACCAGCUACAUCAUGCACUAUUUUAAUUGUCCAGUCCUGCUAUUAAAUAACGCCUUUCCCAAGAAAGAUAUGGCCCAAAUACAGUGUUCUUAAGUACCUGCUACCAUAAUUGGGAUUAGAGAAUCACAUCCCAGUUGCUGUGCAACAACUGGUAAUAUGUCUGUGGCUGAUUGCAGCAGUUGCAACAGCUACCAGCCAGGGAAUAGGAUGCCACAUGCUUGCAGCUUUGUGUUGGAGCUGUUGCAUUAAUAGUGGUGCAGAGCAGCUGUGAUGUGCGGUCUCUCAAUCCCAUUUGUGUCUGAGGUUUGCUGUGUCUGGUAUGUCAGCACAGUGCUUUGCAACAUAUUGAGGUUCAGAGCACAUAAAUGUUCCUUCUCUUAUGCUCUUUGGUGGGACAUGGAAGAGAAAAGUCUUACUCACUUGGUAGAUUCUAAAAAUGUACAGUAUAAUGUUGAGAAAAAAAUGGUAAAUGUGUCAAGUCUCAUAUCAGUGAAUAAAAUGGAAAAAUGGACUCCAGUCUUGAUUAUUCCAUCUUCAUGUUUUCUCAACAGACGCUUCUUGUAUAUGCAGAAAAUUGGAAGACAUCUGAGGAUCCUUUGCCUUUGCUGGAGGUAUACACAGAGGCUAUCCACAGUUAUGUUAAAGUGCGAUCUUACCUUACCUCUGAAUGUGAAAAUGUAGCCUUGGUGCUUGAACGCUUAGCACUGUGAGUAUACUAUAAUUAGUUUUAUGUACACUUGUUUUAUAUUUUCAAGCUACUUUGGAACAUAAUGCUGUAUAUAGUGAUGGAUAGUUCUUUUAGAUAGUAAAUGAGGGCCUGAUUUACGUCUUUAAUACAUUGGUGAAAGGAAAUGGGACUAGAUUCAGCUAGUGUUGGACUAGGACCUGGGAGAUCAGGGUUCAAAUACCAACUCAGUAAUGAAGCUGGGUGACCUUGGGCCAGUCACAGCCUGUUAACCUACCUCACAGGCUUGUUGUAGGGUUUAACUGCCGGGGGGGGGACACAUACACCAUGUACUCCUUGGAGAAAAAGGUGGGAUAUAAAUGCAAUAAAUAUGCUCUUCUGCUUACCUGCUUAAGAAAGCUGGACGGGCCAGCCAGAUGGAGAUGUCAGUUGCCAACCUGGUAUCUAGAGAUCUCCACGUGGUUGCAAUUGGGCCCGCACCAGUCACAAAAAGCGCCUGGUACUAGCUGAUUUCGAACAUUGCAUGCUGGCCAGCUCUGACAGGUGGGACCACCCAACUGCCAAUCUCCUGACAUCAUAACAGCAUCAGGUGAUUGAUACCAGUCAAAGUUUAAAGGUGAUCAUUUACCACCAAUCGGCUCACUGGCAAUUACAGACACCUUAUUAUUGGCACUGGGAAUACUUGCCCCACAGCUGACAUCACAUAUGACACAAGGUGAAUGUGGUUUAUGAGACGCUACCUCAUGGGCCAAAUUAGGAUCCGUGCCAGAUCCAAUUAGGCCUGUGUACUGGAGGUUCCCCACUCAUGUUGUGAGCAGUGAGAAAUUAACUGAUUUUGCAAUCUUUCUUACUUUUUCAGAAGCUAUGCUGAACUUCUGCUAUCCCUGCCUCUUGAACUGCCUGAAAACCAAUGGAAAGAGUUUCAGUCCUUUAUUCAGGUAAGAAUUUGGUUUCUUAACCAACCUAUUCAUCUGGAGUCAUAAAUAUAUAAUGUUUGGUGCCUCGUGUUUCUCCUACUGUGAUGAGUUCUGUUGUGUGUCGGUCUCUCAGAUUUAUUGUGAUCUAAAUCUCAGUGAGAUGAUGGUUUAUAGUUCUGCCAGGGGAAAAUUGUUCAGAUGGAAAGUUUGGUUUAGUUUAGUAGCCUUCCAUUUUUUCAAGUUAACUCACCCCUUGUGUUUUGGCAAGGUAAAGAAACUUUGUGAUAAAGGGGAAUUGAAAAUUUGAAGCACUCCACAGUUCUUAUCAUAAUCCUCCGUAUUCUGAACAAGAAUAGUAUUGACGUACACAAAUCUGUAUAAAAAUAUGAACAAAAUAGUGCAGGAACUCUUUGAUUGCGGUACCUUUUUUAAAAAGUAUGCUUUCUAUCCCACCAAGUUAUUUUGCUUAGUGUAUGAUCCUGCUUCAUAAUCUGUUAGCGUAACCCCUUGAGUUGUAGGUUUGUUAGUUGUUGUUUUUUUAAAAAAAAGUAUGAUUGGAAGUGAGUUGUGAAAGGCAGAUAGCAGUGAGCACUUCGAAAACUCAGUGUUCUUAUCUCUUCUCAAUCCGUUAGAUGCUAUCCAGCUAACAUAGUUUAGAGACCCAUUUCAAUCCCUGCUCAGUUUAUUCAAUUUAACAGAGAAACAGGGAAGAUUGUAAUUUGGAAUUAGGAAGAAUGGUACAAAGAUAUGAUUACGUGGCCAGAAAAUUAAUGGGAAGUGCUGCGCUUUUACUCUUCAGUAUUAGAGCCUGCACUCUACAGAUGAGAAGUGAAGAUUUUAUACAAGGUCCACCAGACAGGACAUUGGAAUAUCCUUUGAAAUUCCAUGUACAGUACAGCAUUGAUCAUCAACUGGAGAAGCCACCCAUGCCUUUUAAAAGGCGGCAUAUCAGGCAGAAAUUUAAAAGGCGUGACUGUCGCCCACUGUUGCAUUUAUUGAAUUCCUACCUGUCACACAGCUUUAAAAGGAUACGACUCCUUUCAUCUCUUUUCUCCCUUCUUUUAACAUAUUUAGUUUGUUUUGCACAGAAUGCUUUCAAAGUUCUCAAACAGAAGAGAGCACUGUGUCUGGUAGAUGGACUAGGAAUUCCAUUUUUGUAGCCUACAGAGACCCUUCUGCUGUAUGAAGCUGCAUUCCCUUUCUUCAUCUGUGGUUUCCUGAGGAAUACCAUAUGAUUGCCAGCUUCCUAUCAUUCAAUGCUGUGAUUGCAUACCUAGUACACUGGUGCCUGAAUAGAAGAGUAUGUGAGCGCUUGGUAGCUGUUUCUGGUAUUAUUAUUCAACUGAAAAGAUAGUAGAGCUUAGAUAAUUAGCAGUUAAACUCCGACAGAAGGUGACAGGGCAUUGUCUUAUUUUCAGAGCUAACAUUCAUUUUGGGUUGGUUCACACCAAAUGCUUUUAAGCUGUGAUUUAGAGCUAGGUGGAUGAGACUCAGCAAGCCAGAGCAAAGAGUUGGACUUGUAUGAGAGCCAGUGUGGUGUAGUGGUUAAGAGCGGUAGUCAUGUAAUCUGGGGAAUUGGGUUCGCGUCUCCGCUCCUCCACAUGCAGCUGCUGGGUGACCUUGGGCCAGUCACACUUCUUUGAAGUCUCUCAGCCCCACUCGCCUCACAGAGUGUUUGUUGUGGGGGAGGAAGGGAAAGGAGAUUGUUAGCCGCUUUGAGACUCCUGAAGGGGAGUGAAAGGCGGAAUAUCAAAUCCAAACUCCUCCUCCUCCUUUGCUUCUCCUGCACAGCCAGGAAUCCUAGCUUAGGAAACAGGAAUCGUAGCUGAAAAUUGCAGUUGCUAAACAAGCCAGCUUCAAACAACAGCCCUCUGUUUAGAACAGCAUUAUUCAACUUAAACAUGCUCCCUCUUCUCCUAUCAUGCAGUGUGAUAAAGGCAUUGAAAAUGGUCACAGUUCAAAAGAGCAAAUAGAAGUGGCCGAGAGAAACUAUAAAAACUAAAAGAAGCUCUUUUUCACAAUGUUUUCAGUGUACUGCAAUAUCCUUGUUCAAAAAGGCAUGCUGAUAUGAAUGUAUAUUUACUUUAAAAUUGGCUUCCACUUUGUUCUUCAUUAACAGUUCUUACCAGUGUUGCAUUCAGGACUGAACAUCUGUCAUGUCAACUGUGGCAACGUGCUUAGUAAAAAUUACUUAAACGUUUGAUUAUUAAAAGCCCAAGAGCUAUUAUGAGUUUUAUGUAAUUUGAUGUACAUAUACUUGUUAAAACUAUUUUGGUGUUUUUUCCCCAAGAUGGCACACACAAAAUUGAUGGAAAGUGGCAGCUGCCAAUUGCAUUUCUUAUCUCUUCUUGCUCAAGAAAAUGGGACUUGGAAGAAUCCAGUUCUUUCUAGUAUCCUUUCCCAAGAGCCUCUGGAUCAGGAUGAGGGUAAGUUUACAAAGGAAAUGUAGGCUGAAAUGUAGCCUACUGUACAAAGCUAAGAGUUGCAUCCAUUAGUCUGCUUGCUUUUGCCCCUGGCCCCAGGCAGUCUUUGGGUGAUUCAUCACAAGGGAAUGUGGCUUUUGAGCUCGAAAGGUUCUCCAACCCUGCUAUUAAUUCUUUGCAGGAUAAGGCACUUCUGCACUUCAGUUUCUGCCCCCUGUCCAACACGUAGUAUAAUCAUUAGGUGAAGGUGAAUUUGCAGAAAUCCUCACACACUGUCAGGUAGGCUACAGCUACAUGAAAAGACUUGUGAACUGAGAGAUACUAACCAACUUUAGAAGUUGACAGUUACGUGUAUUUAAAUUAGUUCUUACUAUAAAAUAAAAGUAUCCUUAUUUACCAAUUGUUAUAUCUUCCUGUAUUAAGUGGAAAUGGGAAGACAGAGAAUUGGAAAUAAGCAGAGAGCUUAAAAGUUUUAUGCCUUACACGGGGGGAAAGCCCACUUUGUGUACUGGUUCCAGAAAGGUAGAGAUAGUUAUGCAGGGGCUGGUUCUGGGGUUGUUCUGACUAUGUGCAAUUUCAGCUUUACACACAGUCCCUGGAACCUAACCCCUGUGCAAGUUGUGAAUCAACUGUAUAGACAAUAGUUUUCCGUUUGUUGCCCAAUUAUUCCACCUUUCUUCAUGGUGUCUAAGAUACAGCAUUUUUAAAUCUCUUCUCUCCAUGAGAAAUGGCAUUAGAGAAUGCAAGUUAGAGAAGAAAAUUCUUCGUAAUUCCAUGUAUAGUGAUUAGUUUAUACGUGAUCAUUAAUGACGGAGAAAAAGAAAUGCACCAUUACUUUUGAGUCAAUUCUUCUAUGGUAAAGCUUUCUUGUGGAAGCACCCAUAUUUUAAGAUUUGUGAGUUAAUACUUACCGUGGCAAGCAUCCAGAGGGCAAACUAUUUAGCUCUAGUGUAAUCAUGUGUUCAAUACUUCCUUGGUGUCUCGUCUCGUCUUUAAAGUAAUAGUUAGGUGCUCCCCAUAUCAGUGAUCCAUGUGUUCAGCUGGAUCAGCUGGUGGCAUGCAUGAAUUAAGGCAAAAAUAAAUAAAAAUGCUACCCGUGCAUUUAAUUGGCAUGGCACAGAGAUACCUGCGUACAAAAUAUUAAAAUUUGUCACUGCCGUGUUACAUGGCUGCAAGGGCCAUUUUCUUUCGCUUCUUCUUUAAGGACUACUUGCGCUUAGUGGGAGUAUGAAGACAUGCAUAGCAGAGAUAUGAGGAAUGCUGUUACUGCCUCCUUUGGGAAGCAGUGGUUGGAAAACAGUUUAAGUGCUCAUCUGCCAUGAUGGGAAGGCAUGUAAAGAAUUUGAUUUUGCUUUGUAUUUGUAAGCUUCCUUUGUCUUAAGAGAAGCAGGAUGGUGAUGUUUGCCACACCCCAAUAAUUGCUUGCAAAGCUAUUUAAUGUGUGGAAAUCUGGGAAUUAAUUGAAUAUUUUAUUUUUAUUUUACUUAUUAAGUGCAUAUCUCACAUUUCUUCCCAAAGGACCAGGUGACAAACACUUCAAGUAAUAAAAACACAAUUUAAAAUGAAAUACUGACAUAGAGUUGUAUCUGAUGAAGUUGUCCUAUUCAUGCAAAGGCAGAUUCCUCCUCCUUCCCCUUCUUCCCAAAAAUCUGUUACAGGGGUUUCCCCACCCUCCAGAACAUUUUAGCAGGGUACAAGGAGAGGGAGGAGAAGUUUCAUUGUAGAAGUGGAAAUCCUUGUGCAAAUUGGACAGCUUCGUCGGAUACAACCCAUAGAGUCUGGGAAGACUGACAUAAUGUUUGAGAUGGUGUCCUUGACACUUUCAGGGUUACCAAGGUGUUGAGGUACUUUAAGAGUUUAGUCCCUUAGUUAUAAUGGUCUGAAUGAAGUUUGCAUUAAUUUCCAUGCUGUUAUUAAUUACCAUCUACAGUACAUACAAAUGGUAUGUUUAUGAAUAGUGCUGCUCACACUAGAAAUUUAGUUAGCACAAUAUUAAAUCUUGAAUUGAGGCCUCUUGCCAAAUAGGGGUUGGGCUUAAGUUUAUUUAUGUAAGAAUACAACUAAAACUAUGAUAAAACCAUAAUAAACACAAUUAAAAAUGUCCUGCACAGUAGGGAUAGCCUUUAGGAGAAAGGAAAGAACAUCAUAGGGGGAAACUAAUCAUUGAGGAUUUAUUUUGAUAAAGAAGUGUAUUAGAUGUGGUAUGGGUGGGCGUCUGAGAGAUAAAUAUUGGGUUUCAUUGAAGAUUGAGCAGAGUGAAGUUUAUAGUGGCUUAAAAUUUAUUUUUGUAUUCUAAAAUAGAUCUUGUUUCUGCAUUGACGGUUAUUUGUGUUAUGGUUGUGUUUUUGUAGCAUAACUUGGUCUUGUGAUCAUCCUUGCUCACAGGUUAACUGUACCGUGAAAUUAAAGGUUGCUGUGGAUUUGCAAGAGGAAAACUAAAACCUUGACAUUAAAACUCCAAAUGUUAAUAAUAUUAAUGUGACGUACAGUUCCGAUUCAUGAGUUAAAAAUGGACUUUUUUUAAACCUCAAGGUCCUUCCGUAUCUUAUUUCAGUGAUAGCAGAGAAUGUUCCUCUGUUAAUGCAAGACAGGUUACCUGAAAUGAUAAACACGGUGGUUUAAAGGAUUAUUAGGGACCGUGGGUGGAAGAGCAAGGCUAAAAAAUAAGAAAUGUAAUUAGUCACUGAAUCAUGUGGAAGAUGGAAAAGAAUAUGAAUGUUUUGGAUUGGGCAUGGAAAAUGAACAUUGAAUAAAUGCAUCAUUUUGUGUUUAACAAUGAACAGUACUAAACCUUUGCAUAUACAGAACUGUCAUCUCUAGUUAUUAAAAUAACUUUCUCCCAGAUUUCACAAUGGCCUGUGUGUGCAUUUCUUGUUAAGAAAGCAUGCCUGUGUUGCAUAGCUUAGGAAAAUAUAUUCUAAUUUCUUACUUAGCUUGUCAUUAUCUUUUUUUAAAACUUAAGCUGAUUUUAAUAAGUUGCACAAUUAAAUAUGCAAAGUGAGGCAGUUACUCUAAUCACAUAACAUGGAGUAACUUCUCAAGUAUGAUUUGAUUAUCAGGAGCGCCAUUGUGAACUGAGACAGUCUGCUCUUCUCCCUACCUCUGCCAUGGUGUCAAAAAUAGUUAAGAGUUAAAUGUCACAUUGCUUGACUCAGGCAAAUGAUGGUUACUACUAACCACAGUUUGUACCGAUACUGAAACCAAGACGUACACUGGACCGUUGUCUUGCCUCAGUAAUGGACUGGACAAGAGCCAAUAAACUGACAAUCUACAUAAGACAUUGUUAUUGGGUGGUUCCCUAGAUCAAAUGGAUGGGAGUGUGUUGUGGACACUUGGUCUAAAAAUUGUAGACAUGAGGAUUAGCUAGGUAAGCCUAGGUCAGAAACCUGCCAAAUUACAGACAAAGGUUUGUGUAUUAGCCACCUGUAAACUCGAUUGAGGCGACAGAGAGAACUAAAGGUGGUUUGCUUUAUGCCCUGUGGUUUUGUGAGCAACUACUUUUUAAAAUGGCAUAUAUCAUAGAGGUGCCUAUAAGAAAGGAGCGUGCAAAAUUUCAGAGGAAUGGGGGCAGGGGCUAGUGACUUACAUGAUUGAAAAAAAUCAUGUUUGUGUUCUAUUCACUUGGCACCAAAACUCCAGAAACAAUGCAAAGCUGAUAAAUAGGAGUGGAUGUGUAGCACAAAGGCAAAAGGGCAUCAGUGUCCGGCAUUUUCAAGUGAGCAUUGCUAGCAGAACUAGCAAAGAACACAGAGCAUACAAAAACAAGAUGAUACAUCAACAUCUGUUCUCCAAAGAACAGUGUUUAAAGAGCUUCUGUAAAUCUAUUCAAGGUUUUUCUGUGGAUAUGACACAGUAAAUUUGCAAAACAUUUUAAUGUCUGAAUAUAGCUGUGUUAAAAGUUCUGAAACAUAGCAGUUUUGAUACAAUAUAAACAUUGUCUGGUUUUUUGUUUAGUGAUUAUAAAGUAAUGGUUUAAUAGUGGCAAAACAAAGCAAUUUUGUAUCUCAUUUGCAUGCUUUUAAGUGAUCCUGAUAGUUUACUCUCUUUUUCUAUUUUAAUUUUAAAGAAACGUUUAUUCAAAAUUCUGCAAAACAGUGUUAUCAAACAGAAUCUGAUGACAAUAUACAUAGUCCACAUACAAUUAUAGAUCACUGUUCAACAAAAGCAGACAUAAAAUAAAACCAAAAUAAAUAAACAUCCUCCCAUCAGAUGUCAAGGAGAUAAUUAAUUACACAACUGUAGAAAAUAUUUGAAGGUAGCCUUGUAUAGGGAAGUUUUUUAAUGUUUAAUGUUGUAUUAUGUUUUUAUAUAUGUUGGAAGACACUCAGUCAGAUGGGCGAGGGUACCAAAAAUUGUUGAAGGUAGUGACUGGAACUAUUUAUAACAUAGACAUAAUGGCUGAACAAGACAGGUUUACAAACAUGGACUCUAUUAUACCAAGGGAAAGUAAUUAAAGUGUUCUGUUGUCCUAAGUCACUAUCAGCCGUAUUCAUUCAUUACUGCUUUGUUUCAUUGCUCUUUAUUUGCCUAUUUUCUUUUUCUUUAUUCCUCAUCAUCCCAAAACUGUCUAAAUAAUUUUAUUUAUUUAUCUUUAUCCAAUUACCUUCCCCAUUUUUUCUCUAGUUUGGGAACCCUCCAAACAUACAUAUUUUCUGAGUAUGUUUUAUUUAGCCCAGUGCCUUAUUUUAUGUCAGCCUUCUUCAAUCUUGUGCCUUCUAAAUGUUUUGGAUGACAAUUCCCAUCAUCCUUGACCGCUGGUGGUGUUGGUUGGGGCUAGUGAGAGUUACAUUCCAAAAACAUCUGGAGGGCACCAGGUCGGGGAAUGCUGUUAGUUGAGCAAGCUAUAAGUGUCUAUUAAAAAUUAAGGCUGCAAAUCAAGGAAGCAGUAUAUGAUUGUCAGGGAGAACUACAUGUGCAACCUGAGUAGGAUUACAGGUGGUGCCAUUUUGUGUGUGUCCAAUUGACGCACAACCACCAUUGUACACAUCAUUUUUGGCCCUGGAAUGGAGGUGGAACAGGCUUAUAGUGACCCAGAACACAACUCCUGCACAAGUGGGGAGUUGCCUGUACAUGUAUUCACUACAAUUGUUGUCAUUGCCAAAGUCACUGUUCAGUAUAAGAAGAGGCUUCUCUUCUGCCAUUGGGACUGCUGUACCAAAACAUCAAACAAAACUAGAUGUACAUGUAGUUCUCUCACCAUUCCCAUGCAGGCACAUCACUUCGUUGAAUUGCUGCUGCAGUUAAUGAAAAAUAUACCUUGACAUUCGGUUUUGGAAAGCAUUGCCAAAGCAUUUCGAGUCAGUAUAGGGAGACUUAUUGAAGACUGUUAUUAAUAAGUUUUUGCCUGUUACAUAUUUGUUUGACCCUUCCAAAAUUACAAAGUUGCAAUUGCUUUCCAUGCUCACUUAAGUUAAAACUUUGUCUUUCUUAAAUGGUAUGGGGAAAUAGUGCACAUACUGUUUCACUUUUCAAAAACAUGAAGAUAAAAUUGGCUGAAUAGUUUUAAUUGACGAUAUAAUUCACAAUUUUAAUUUAUGAAAUUUAGAAACUUAAUUGUGAAGGCUUUAUAACAAAAAUACAAGUACAUAGUUAAGGUAUAAAUACUAAUUGUAAAUAUUAACUAGUCUUUACUGAUUCACACAUACAUUGGUGUUAAAUAUUUAAUGGGCAGUUACUGAUCACAUAUUGUUGUUUCGCCCUGUUUGCAUUUCACAUUUUAAAGUGGAAAGUUCAGUCACCUUACAGUUUGGUCUGAAACAAGUCUAAUUGAAAGUACGCCUCAUUGUUAUCAGUGAAGCUUUCUUGCUUUGCAGCAUUAAUGUAGUAAUGUUCUAGAAUGUAAGCCAGUGCUUAGCUGCAUUGGACUGAUACUGUAUUGUGUGUUUUGAUGUAGUAAUUUUAACACUUAAUAUUGGGUUUAUACCUUUUUAUGUGCCUGAGAUUCCGUAACAAGAACGGACAAAAGGCAAGUUUGUCUGUUGAUGAAUACAUAUUAUUCUCUGGCUUCUGAAAUUUGAAUUAUAGGGAUAUUCAUUAAUUGCAUUUAAGACUCUUUCCUAAGUUGUAAAGAGCAUUUCUAGCAAUGUACCUAAUGUUGGAAGAUAGUAUAAAACGUGUUUGUUUCUUGUAUUUGAAAUUAUUAUUGUGAGUUGUAUUAUCAUUCAGUGGAUAUCACUGAUAAAGCCUGUUUUUAAUCAGUGUGUUAGUUUAAAAAUAUUAUUUAUUAUUAUAUAAUAUAUAAUAUUAUAUUAUUAUACUGGAAAGUAUCUUUGUAAAUAAUUUAUGGCUGAAUUCAGAUGAGAUUGACCUCUGAAUCAUAAAUCACAAUUGGCUUUUUGUAGCCGUAAUAUUACUGAAUCUGCCUCUUUCGUCCCAUUUCAUCAGCUUGCUCUCUGAAAAGUAAUUAGAACGAUUAAUUUAUCUGCAAGAAUAUCUGUUUUCAUAUUAUAAAGCUACUUAAUCCAGACAGGCUGCAGUGACAUUGAUUUUAAUCUAUUUCCGUAACCUUUUUGGUGGAUCUUUUUUAAUUAACUUUCGCAUCUUAGCUUUAUUGAUUUAUUUUUGUUUUUUACCUUUAGACUCUAUAGAUGAGUCAUAACUUUAUAUAUAAAGCCAUCUGGAUUCUUCUCCAAUUUCUCUCUCAUUUUACCCUUCUUCUAAAGACCAAUGUCUAUAAUCUCUUUGUAAAUAUAAAAAUGAGUGUGUGCGGAUGUGAGAAAAACAAGUAGGUUUUAAUCAGGUUUUGUUUUUGUUUUGUUUUGUUUUGUUUUGUUUAAAAAAAAACAUUUUAAAUACCGUAAUUUUAAAUUUGGUUCUUAUAUGUGCAACUUAAAAUAUAUCUGGAGUGUCUCUCUUGAUGGAACCUAGCCCGGCCAGGUGGGUUUCAAGGUGGGUCACAAUUUGGUCCCACUGCAGUGUGCACCCCAGUUCAUCACUUCCCUUGUUCACAUAGGUGUGCAUAGCAGUCAUUACCCUCCACCCGUGCUGCAACUGGCUUUGGGCUGUUGCACAAGGAUGCUGCCACCCAGCAAUAGAGAGGGGUGUCACCACCACCUCUCCAACACUUCCGCCUGUUGGUCAAGCUUGACCCCGGGAGUGGAGGUGUGGCCAGCUUGCAGCAUUGGGCCGCCACACAAGGAAGCUGUCUCUGCAGAUCCCUCAUACAGUGGUGCCCCGCAAGACGAAUGCCUCGCAAGACGAAAAACUCGCUAGACGAAAGGGUUUUGCAUUUUUUGAGUCGUUCCGCAAGACGAAUUUCCCUAUGGGCUUGCUUCGCAAGGCGAAACGUCUUGCGAGUUCUUGCGAGUUUGUUUCCUUUUUCUUAAAGCCGCUAAGCCGUUAAUAACCGCUAAGCCGCUAAUAACCACUAAGCCGCUAAUAGCCGUGCUUCGCAAGACGAAAAAACCGCAAGACGAAGAGACUCGCGGAAUGGAUUAAUUUCGUCUUGCGAGGCACCACUGUACGCCAGAUCCCUCUCAGCUGGCCCUAGAGUGGCCCUAAGGAGAAGGAGCCGCUGCCCAACCCCAAAGGCUGGGCUUGGGUGCUGCUUCCUUCGAUGAGGGAACCUGUUUUGGGGGUGCCUAGUUGCACACCCUCAAAAGAAAUGUGUCUGGAGCUGCGACCCUCCCCGUCCUGCCCUCUCCAUGCUAUGCCACUGGCACUGGCUCUUAUAUAUGUUCAUCGCUGCAGCUUUCUUUGUAAGUGCUAGCUUGAGAGCCAUAGGUGAUAAGGAACUGCAUGUCAGAGGGUGCAUGGAAUUCCAUGGCAGUGAAUGAGCUAGUGGAGGGGGAAUGGAACACUGUUCCUACUGUGCACCCAGUGUAGAAACCAAGUAGGGUGCCAGAAUCUGGUGCUUAGCAUAAAAAUACAAUGAAUUGUUGCAGGAAGGAAAUACUUCUUUGUCUCCCUCUGUAGCCCCUCCAGUCCCUCUCCUGUUAUAAAAAAAUACAUAAUUGCAGACUAGUUUGUGGUCUUAUUUAUUAGGAUUAUUUGUUGGUUCUACCAAUCCUGUAGUCAUAUAUUUGUACAAUUGUGUGCCGAAUGAAAUCUUACCUUGACACCAUGCAGCAUAAAUUGUUCAUUAAGAAGGUUGUUCAGCCCCCUCUCCCCUCAUUAUAGCUUGUGUUCUCUGAAGUAAAUUAUGUUGAAAUACAAAUAAUAUUACUGCAAAAAAGGUAAUCUCACUUAUUUCCCAUACCAUAAUUAAGAAAAGUUGGUAUAUCAUAGGGUUUGUUCAGAUGUUGUCGCUGAGAAGGAAUCAAGGUAGAAUUUGGGUUUAUGAACACCCUUACCCAUGUUUCUACUUCUCUUUUCAUGAUAACUGGUGACAGAACAGGAGCUUCUAUACUCUUAUGGUGAGAGGGAUUGAGGAGGGAAUGUACAGCAGUGAAAUCAUGUCCAAACUCUUAACCACAUUGAUGAUCAGAGGGAAGAAUUGAAGCUCUGGCUUGCUUUUUUAAAAUUGAAAUAGGUUUACUGUAGUCAAGUUGGGCCCUUUCAAAAUCCUUCUAACAGUUAGUGCCUUUGCCUUUCAUGAUAAAUACUGGUAUGUAGACCUGUGUUAACACUUACUGCAUGGUGAGCUAACAAUAUGUCUAAUUGUCUUUCAGUGAAUCAGUUUUUAACCUUUGAAGGCCCUAUGCUACUGGAUGUGCGCAUUAAGCAUUUGAUGAAAACAAAGCAGUUAACUCAAGCAACUGCCCUGGCAAAAGUGUGCUCUGACAAUCCAGAAAUCAGCAGCAAAGGCAGUUUUAAGCAAACCUAUCUAGUCUGCCUUUGUUCUGGGUCACCAAAUGAAAAGCUAAUGCAGGAGGUAAGUAUGUUUUAGAAAUAUGCCUUGUGACUUUCUCAAAACAUCAGUAAUAAGAGUAUUGGGAAACAUGGUUCAGAAGUGCAUGUUGUAACAUUCUCUGAAGAAAGAAUUACUUGUGUUCUAGAACAGUUAAGCUUGAGUCAGUGCAAACUGUAAGGUAUAAAACAUCUUGGGCCAGAUUCAACUACCCCAUUCAUGGAAGCUAGCACAAGGACUCCACCUAGCUCAAUGGAGCUUUCCCCCUCUCUUCCCCUGUACCUGCCUCAUAUCCUCCCUGGAGAGUUGGGAGAACCCCCAGAACAGCAUGGCAGGGAGGAGAAGGAAGAUUGUUCCAUCUGGCAAGCAGAAAUACUCUCAUUGGUGGUAUAUUGAAUUCCACCCAUUGACUCUUAUCCCUUAAAAAAGAAUUGUUGAAGUGUUUGCCAUAUUUUAUUAUAUGGGGGUCUAUUCGUUAAUGUAUAGUACCCAUUAUUUGGAUACAAUGGCUUUAAAUUGGAACAAUUGGGCAUAGAAAGGUUAGGAGGGAAUUCAUGAUUUUGAAUAAUUCUGGGAGAUUAAGGUUUUCAGGGAAGACAAGGGUUUUCUUAAGACAAGGGGUAAUUAAAUAUGCUCAGUGGUCAGUCUUUGAAACAUUCAUAUCUGUUAGACCCUCUUUGGCAGUAAUCAGAAAGGAACUGACAGCCUUGUUCGAGCUUUUGAAGAGAAAUGACAGAAUGACUCCAUUUGGCAUUAAUAUAUUUUAAAAUGCCCUUCCUCUUUCAGCAUUAACCACACUACCUGGUAAAUGCUAAGCUUUUGACCACCUUCAAAUCCUCUAACCAUGGCUGGCAUUGACCUCAGCGCAGAUGCACUGCUGCAGCAUUGUUAAAGUUGAAAAGGGUUAGAAGAAAGGGAUUCUAGUACUGUAUAAGGAAAGGAAGGCGGUUCAUGAACUUGCUGAAGCCCAGAGGUUGCUCCCAAUCUCUUAACCAAAAUUAAGUCCUUUGAUUCCUGGAGUCCUUUCACUUGGAUUAUUUUAUAUUUGGGAAUGAUUUGUCCAGGUCCUUACAAACAUAGGGUAGGAUUUCCCUAACAAGACCUAUCAGCAGAAGCCCUGCACAAAACAUUUUGCUUGCACAGUGGGGCUUUUCCCCUCCGCCCACCCAUGUGUGUUGGUAAGGCGAGUCCCCAGAACAGUACUCAGAAGGUGGAGAGGUGAGUGGUUAUUCUGUUUGGCAAACGGAAAUGCUUGCACUGACAGAAGGAUCAGAAGAGUGUGACGUUAAAUUCCUCCCAUAAACUAAUAAAACAUAUACAUAGAGACUUAAGUAUUUUUGUCUGUGUUAGCAGUAUUUUUAGUCUCUCUGGAUAAGUGUAAUAGAAGAUGCUGGUGUAUAAAUUUAAGAGAUCAUUGAGAUGAUAUAUGUAAUGUAUAAACUGUACAAAUUAGAUUUUUUUUUCUUUUUGAAAAAUAAUCAUGGUUUUUACAUAGACUAUCAAUGUUUAAAGCAAUUGCUUAAACUGCUGAUAUGUACUACGCAUGUUUUGAUGUAAUCAGAUUUAAUAUUUUAACUGAAAACAAAUUACUUAAUCUUUUUUUCCUCACUCUUCAGAUUGCAGAUAUAGACUGCAAAGAUGCUUUAGAAAUGAUCUGUAAUCUAGAAUCUGAAGGAGAUGAAAAGAGUGCUCUUAUUUUAUGUGCAGCAUUUUUAUCUCGUCAAUUGCAGCAGGGAGAGAUGUAUUGUGCAUGGUAGGUUUGAAUCCUUUGAACUAUGUUAGUUAGAAUAUAUUAUACAGCAAAUAUACAAAUGGAGUAAUGGAACAGAAAUAUUAUAAAAUUGAGUAUUUUAUCAUAACUUCUGAUAGCUAGUGCCAUUGGUGUCUGUAAUUUAUCCUAAUUAAGGAUCAGAUAGUAGAUCAAAUAUUACAAAGCAACCGUAGUUUUACCUCUGUAGGAACCAAAUUCUACAGCUCUUAGUAGACUGGUGUAAUAGAAGUUAAGUUAAAAUAUCUAAAAUACUUACCUCAUCAUUGUGAGAUUUUAUUGUACCAGUACAUUUCCAAGUACUAUGCAGUGAAAUGAUUAGUAGACUGUUCCUUGUGAACAUAAGCCAGAGCAUAUUUAACGCUGAAACGUGCAUCCUUACCAUUUAUAUCCGUAUAAGAUAGAUAUUGAGUGGGAAAACAUAAUACUUGGAAUGAAAUGCUUAGUCAUGAAAAUGUUAGCACAUUUAACAUUCAGGAUUUUUCUGUAAAUUUUAUUAAAAUAAGAUUUCAAUCACAAGAAUGAUGGAUUGUAAAUCACUCUUAGUUUUAUGCUGCUCAAGAUGCAUUAAGCAAGCCAAUUUCCCCAUCUCAAGUAUUCAGAAAGAAGGACUUGCUUUCCAUGUGUCAAGGCAUAGUUUAGUCAAACAGUUCUCUUAUAUAAAUAGAAGUGUACUUCAUUUUAAAUGUACUGUAAUGUUUCUCCUGUUUUUGGCCAAAAUAUAAUGCAGGUAGGCUGCCUCUGAAGCUAUUAUUUUUCUUUGUAUUCCAACUGUUUCCAAAAUUUCCCAAUAAGUAGAAGCUGCAGGGAAUUCCCAAGGUGCCAUACUAGCAAUUGUUUACCUUAAUUUAUAGGGCAUGGGGCUGCCACCUCUGUUGCAUUGAUUGCCAACUCCCAACCCCCUCCCUUCACCCCUGCCCACUUGCUACCCCUGCCAACACACAACCCUCCCCAUUGUGAAUCCCCAUCCUUCCACAUCUCUCACAGCUCGCCCCAAUCCACUGUGAGAGGGUGAAAAGAUGAGAAAGUAUUUCAUCGCAUUCUGCCAGAAGGAAGUGUGCAUUUUGAAAUUUCCACUUCCAGGAGCAGUGGGAAAAGGAGAGAAAGACACACCCCUCCUUCUAGUGACUACAGUGUUUCAAUGUUAGUAUAGUUUUAACUUUGUAAAUCUCAAUUUUCAGGGAACUGACACUCUUCUGGAGCAAACUACAGCAAAGGGUAGAGCCUUCUGUACAAAUAUAUCUAGAGAGAUGUCGUCAACUUUCUGUGUUAACAAAGACAGUAUACCACAUUUUCUUCCUAAUUAAAGUAAUCAAUUCAGAGGUAAGGAUGUGCAGUAAGGUUAUUUGUGAUGCUGUGGAAUUGAAAAUCCACUUGGUAGUGACUUGCAAAGUAUAGUGCACCUACCUCAUGAAAAUACAGUUCUUCGCACUUCCAACUAUGGUAUCUGCAUGCGUAAACUAGCAGUCAGAAGUUCCUGUGAAGCAUAAUUUCCUCUUGUCUCAGAGAAUGCUGGCAUGACAGUGUGCACUUUGCACUCAGUAUCUCUGGCUGCCAAAAAUGUCCAAAACACUAACCAUUUGCUUAGAACAUCUUUUAAAGAAAGGGAGGGAGGAUGAGCCCAUCUGUGGGAGAGAGCUUUUGAUUGCUUUUGACCAUUCUAGAUGGCCUUGACUCCUACAUCAGUUUUUUGAAGUAGAAAGAUUGCAUUGGGUACAAUACAGCCAAAUUUUGCUCACUCUGUUUCAAUACCAUUCUGGGUAAAGUAUUUAUUUUCCCAUUAUGUUUAUAUUUCUAGGCUAUUUUCCUGCCCAAAGGCCAGUAAACCAGGUUACAAAUAAAAACAGCUCAAAACUUAGAAGUCAACAGCUAAACAAAAUAAAGAAAAAAAAAGUCAAAUGCAGAGCAGCACCAAAACAACCUCCAACUGUUAAAAAGCAAACAUGAAAAUACAGCAAGAAACCAGGCCAGCAUGAAAUCAAGACCAAAGGAACAAUGAAAUAAUAAAACAAUUGUAACAGAACAGCCUAUAGUGUGGAGGUAAUACAAGUAUAGGCGAGAUAGUUCCACAUCCUGUUGUUUCAGGAUGAUGUAGGCAAGUGGAAGUUCUUCCAGGGAAUAGGUCUUAGUAGGUCAGUUGUAUUCCUUAGUUUGGGACCUUAGUUUGCUUGACUCUGCCUUAAAUUGUAUAGCGAUGUCUGCCCAAGAGUUGCUAAAGAUACUAGGUUGGAUCCAGAGAAGAGGACAUUUGCACAAGUAGAUUUUCUUCAUGUGUCCUUCACAUGAAAAGCUACAUGAUACUGCUGUCUGAUUUCAGCUCAUUCAUUCCCAUUCUAGCAUCUCAUCUUCCAGCCAUCAGAAACAUUUUAUUUGAUGGAUGCAGGUAGCUGCAAUUUGGGUUGUGAAAUUCUUUUCAUGCAAACAUCCUUAUGCUUACGUUUCUCUGGAUACAACCCAGAGAUAUUUGAGAAUGGCAUUUACAUGUAAUAGCUCUGAUAAAUGUUGAGCCUUGCGGGACACAGCUGAAUUAAGGACAAAGAAGUUGCUCUUUUCUCCAGUAUUAUUUUUUGUGCUUCUAGAUAUUGUAAGGCAGUUGCUUGUUUCACUUAAUAAUUAUGGGUUUUUUCAAGAGUUAGUAACAGGACCACAUUAAUCAAAAACUGAAUUCUAUAACUGUUCCUGGAAGAAGUGAUUAAUUUUGACAAAAUGUAGACCAUUAUCCAUUUAAUGCAAAAAUAAGGGUUUUUUAAUUGUAUGUUUAAUGUUCAGAUGUAAGGGAAAGAGUUUGAAUAAUCAUUUAUAGAAUUUACUGAAAUCAAUUGUAAGCAUUACAUAAUGUUUUAAAUUACUUUUUAAUUUGUCUCUUCUUUUACAGAUUGAUUCUGCUGGACUUGCAACGUGCAUUGAACUUUGUGUGAAAGCAUUGCGUUUGGAAGCCAGUGAGAAUACAGAGGUCAAGAUUUCCAUUUGCAAGACUAUAUCUUGUUUGUUGCCUGAUGAUUUGGAGGUUAAACGUGCUUGUCAACUGAGUGAAUUUCUCCUCGAGCCAAAUGUGGACGCAUACUAUGCUGUUGAAAUGCUAUAUAAUCAGCCUGACCAGAAAUAUGAUGAAGAAAACCUUCCAAUACCAAAUUCAUUACGCUGUGAGCUCUUACUUGUAUUAAAAACUCAAUGGCCUUUCGAUCCAGAAUUUUGGGACUGGAAAAUGCUAAAACGUCAGUGUCUUGCAUUGAUGGGAGAAGAGGCAUCAAUUGUAUCAUCAAUAGAUGAGCUGAAUGACAGUGAAAUGCAUGAAAAAGCAGAGGACUGCCAAGAUGAAAACAAAGAAACUUUAGUGAAUGGACUUUCUGGAUGUUUUGAUGAAGCUACAAACUUACUUAGAAGCAUUAGAGAUAAAAAGCAGAAAAACCGAGAAAUAAAGAAACUGAGAGAGCGAGGGUUCAUAUCUGCUAGAUUCAGGAACUGGCAAGCAUACAUGCAAUAUUGUGUGCUGUGUGACAAAGAAUUCCUUGGACAUAGAAUAGUAAGGCAUGCACAGAAACACUACAAGGAUGGAAUCUAUAGUUGCCCGAUAUGUGCACAGAAUUUUAAUUCUAAAGAAACAUUUGUUCCGCAUGUCACGCUACAUGUUAAGAAGUCUAGUAAAGAGAGACUGGCUGCAAUGAAACCACUGAGAAAAUUAGGAAGACCACCUAAAACAGCAACCACUGGUGUGAACAAGAAGAACAAUGCUGUAGUUAAGCAGGAACAACGGCACAUAAAAAAGAACAGCCUUUAUGCAGCAGACUUCAUUGUUUUUAAUGAUAAUGAUGGUUCUGAUGAUGAAAAUUUUGAAAAAGACAAACCUUACAUUCCAGAGAUAACACCAGUUCAGAAACCAUUGCCUGUCAAUGAGUUUACAUGUCCUGUUAGCUUGUGUAAGAAAGGCUUUAAAUACUUUAAAAAUUUGAUUGCACAUGCGAAAGGUCAUAAAGACAAUGAAGAAGCUAAACGGUUUCUUGAAAUGCAGAGCAAAAAAGUCAUUUGCCAGUACUGUAGACGCCAUUUUGUAAGUGUUACCCACCUCAAUGAUCAUUUACAAAUGCAUUGUGGCAGCAAACCCUACAUCUGUAUCCAGAUGAAAUGUAAAUCUAGCUUUAAUAGUUAUGCUGAACUUUUGAGUCAUCGGAAAGAGCACCCACUCUUCAAGGCAAAGUGUAUGUUUCCGAAAUGUGGGAGAGUGUUUUCAGAAGCAUACUUACUUUAUGAUCAUGAAGCACAGCACUAUAAUACCUUCACCUGCAAAUUUGCAGGUUGUGGAAAAGUUUACCGCUCCCAAAAUGAAUUAGAAAAGCAUAUUAAAGACCAUACUAAAUCAUCUGAAAAAAUACAGCUGUCUGAUGGUGAGAAUAAUUCUUCCCAACCUUUAGAAGAAAAUGAGAAUGCUGAAGAAAUCCAUCCAAAAGAAACAUUUGUUCUACCACCUGAAAAUGGUAUAAAUAUCUGUGCCAAAGCAGAAAAUUAUGUGUCGGAUCAGUUCAAAGAUGAAUCUCUCAGGACUGAGGAAACAAAAAUGCCAGCUAGUGUACUGGAACAAAUUAAUUCAAUCUCUGUAGAAAGUGUGGAGCAACCUAUACCUGCUCCUCCUGCAAAGGCAGAACCAGUAGCUGUGGCCAGCAGUGUUUUGAUGCCUCUUCUAGGCCAAAGAAUUAGAGAAAACAUGGCAAGAAAAGGUAAAUUACCUGCUUUGAGUAGUAAAAUAGAUACUGGUGCCUCUGUAGUCCAACAGUUAUGCCCAGCCGUUGAAGAUACUUGUAAUGAUCUUGCAGUGUUCCAGGAAGGAAAGGAACAUGACUGUGUUGGUGAGUCCCAAACAGUUUCCAUGCAUUCAGUUAAACUUGAACCUGAAGUUCUUGCAUCAAAAAGCCCUGAAAAAGAGAUAAGUCUUAUGUCCUUCAUGCCGAAUCAAGUAGGCUGUCAAAAUUUACUCUCUCCCAAACUUCCCAUGGAAGAGAACAUUAAGACUGCUCCCAAUUUUUAUAAUUUGCCUCUAAAGACUUUAGAAGGGAUUGCACUUGCUCCAACCCAGAGCAGCCUCGGCACUCCUUUUGUUCCAGUCAUACCACUGGCAGCUCCAGUUCAGAAGUUCACUUGCCAAGUUGAUGGAUGUACUCGAGUCUACAAUUCUUGCCAAAGCAUUGGCAAACAUAUGAAGACAGCCCAUCCUGAUCAAUAUGCUGCAUUUAAGAUGCAGCGCAAGAAUAAAAGGAGUAAAAAAACAAGCAGUUUGCAAAACCCGUCAAAUGAUAGCAAAAUUGUUUAUUUUUUACCAUCACAAGUAUCUACUCCCACUAGUGAUGCUUUUCUUCAACAAGCCAAGACCACUUCAAAUCCCCCUUGUACAAGCCAACUGCAGCAGCUGUCUAACGCCCUUUUUCCAACACGUCUGGAAAGUAUGACUAAUUCCCUAUUACCCAACAUGGAAAAUGUUAUAAAUAUAGGUCUAUCAUCCCAUAUUAAAAGUGAAACAGAGAAUACAUUAGGCGCACAAUUGGGAAGUUUGUCCAGUGCAACUUUACCUUCACAGCUGGACGAACUAGAAAAACCAGUUAUGCCUCUGAACAUUGACAGUGGUUCAGAUCCUUUCCUUCCUUUACCUUCAGAAAAUGGUCCAAUUUCUCUCUUUCCUUCUCUUGCUGAUAAUGGUCCGAGUUCUGUUUUCUCACAAAUGGAGAACAAUACCAGUCACUUUUCCUCCCUAGAAGGAAACAAUAACUCUGCUUUUACAAAAGAGGAAAGUGUUGAUGUGCUCUUCCCUUCACAAGUAAAUAAUGAGAGUAACUUCAGUGAAACCACUCCGCAACUCCUUGUUUCAGAAAAAGUGAAGAAGGUUCGUAGGCGAGAUCCAGAUGGAAAAGAAAAGAAGCCAAAGCAUAACAAGCGGGCAAAAUGGCCAGCAAUAAUCAGGGAUGGCAAAUUUAUUUGUAGUCGAUGUUAUAGGGUUUUUUCUAAUCCUAGAUCACUUGGUGGCCACCUGUCUAAACGCUCCUAUUGUAAGCCCCUAGAUGAAUCGGAAAUUUCUCAUGAAGCUCUACAGCUUAAUGGACAAUCUUCUCUUCUUGCCAGUAUGAUUCUUUCUUCAAAUGCAUUGAGCUUACAGCAGCAACAGGAGCCAAGUUUUAAUCCAGAAGUGUGUUUUAAAGAGCCAUCAUUCCUUCAGCUGCUGGCUACUGAAAAUCGGUCAACUGCUUUUUUCCAGAACUUGUUUCCACGGACUAAUACGACUACCUUCAAUGCAAGUGAAAAUGAAGAAGGAAAUGAAAUUAUCAAACAGGCCUUGGAAACUGCAGGCAUUCCAAGUACUUUUGAUUCUACAGAAAUAUUACCACAUGUAAUUACAACUAGCUGUAUCACUGGUACUACUGAAAUAAAUGCAACAGUUUUGCCAAAUCCAGGUGUGUCACCUUCGUUACCAACUACCUUGCUAUCAGACCAAAACAGAACAAUUAACACCAAAAUUUCCUCAGUAGAAGAAUGCAACAGCUUACCAGUAUUUCCAGAUGACUUAAUACUUAAGACUAUUGAAAAUGGCUUAUGUUCCAACUUCGUUUCUAAUUCUACUGCCACAGCACAUAAUUUUGGAAAUAAUACUUCACGUAUUUCAGUCAUAAGCAGCAUCAAAAAUUCAGAAUUGAGUAACUUAAAGAAAAAGGGGGUUGGUGGUUCGAAGAAAAAGAAGAAAGCUGCUACUGACAUUUCACAGAAAUUAGUAAUUAAUGAUUUGUCAACAUUGGGGCUUUUAGCCAGAAAUGCUGAAGAAAAUGUGCAAAUAUCGACAGAGAAUCUCCAGUCAAAUGUAUUGACAAAAUAUGAAUCUCAAGUGUUAAUGGAAAAUCUUACACAAAAACUGAGCGAUGUGGACAGCGAGUUAAUUGCCAGUGUCAAAGAGAACUUUAAUACUAGUCAUGACACUCAUGAAGAAACAGUUUGCUUAUCAGUGAAAUCUGAAAAUGACAACUCUCAGGUCACUCUAGAUUCCUGCAUUCAGGAAAAUUCCAAUUUGGAGAUUUCAGAGCAGAAUGUAAUUGAAAACUUUGAGAAGACCCUUGAAAUAAUUAAAACAGCUAUGAACUCUCAGAUGGUAGAAGUUAAAAUGGAAAACCAGGAAGUGUCGAUUGAGUCAUUGCAGAGUCAGCAAAUCAGUACUCCUGAGUGUACAUCAGAAAACCCUUCACAAACUGUUCAACCAUCCAACCUUGCGCAACACAUAGCAGACAUACAGAAUGUCACCCUUGAUAAAAAUAGCCCUUCUAAGUAUGACACCUCUCACAAAGAUGAUAUUCAGAUUAUGGAAAUAUUAGAAGGUCUGAAAAAGCUGAAGUUAGAAAGUGAAACUUCAGGUCAAGUGUUUGACAGUAUAAUUCAUUGUCUUCCAGCAGAUUCACUACCACAGAUUCUUGUUCCAUUUGUAACAACUGAGAGCACUUCUCCUGUCCAGCCACCUUCAGAAACGCAUAAUCGGUUCAGUGAAAAAGCCCAUAAACCUUUUAUGUGCCAGGCCCCAAGCUGCAGUUACAGUGCUAUGACCAAGGAUGCAUUAUUUAAACACUACAGCAAAAUACAUCAAUACACUGCAGAAAUGAUACUGGAAAUUAAGAAACACCAGUUGAAAUAUGCACCCUUUAAAUGUGUUGUAGCUACCUGUCCAAAAACAUUUACAAGAAAUUCUAACCUCCGGGCCCACUGUCAGCUGGUACAUCACUUUACAACAGAGGAAAUGGUAAAACUAAAACUAAAAAGACCCUAUGGGAGAAGAUCCCAAAACAAAACUGCAAACUUAACACCAAGGCCUGUUGAACUAAAGAGUAUACCUUGUGUGCUAAUGGAAAGUGCACAGGAAGCACAAUUGACUAAAGAUCUUGAAAUAAAGAAAGAAGCAUGUAUAGAAUCUGUGAAAGUGCCAGAAAUAGUGGUGCCAGAGAGGGUGAUCCCAGAGGAGGUGGUGCCAGAAAGUACUCCAGAUGUUUCUGAAAAAAUGGAAAAACCUCCACAAGUGGUUACCAUUCCUCCUGAACUUUAUAAUGUUGCCACACUAAAAAACAUACAGGUACAACCCAAAGUACGCAAAAUUAGAAGACAUAGGAAAGAAAAAGAGGAGAAAAAACACCCCAAACCAGCAUGUAAAACUUUAGAACUUCCUACUAGUUAUAGUCCCUACAGACCUUACAGAUGUGUACAUCAAGGUUGUUUUGCUGCUUUUACAAUACAGCAGAAUUUGAUUCUUCAUUAUCAAGCUGUACACAAAUCUGAUCUGCCCUCCUUCUCUGUGGAAGGAGAAGAAGAAAGUGAGCCGAGUAAAGAUGAGGAGUUUUGUAAAGAAGAAGACUGUGAUGAAACUGAAACAAAUGUAAUUGUAAAAGAAUUCAGAUGCGAGGUGAGAAAUUGCUCAAGGAUAUUUCAGGAAGUCACUAGUCUUAUUCAGCACUACAUGAAGCUUCAUGAAAUGACUCCUGAGGAAAUUGGAAGCAUGAAGUCAGCCUUGGAUGUUGGAAGAUUCCCUUGUGAUCAGUCUGAAUGUAAAUCAUCCUUUACAAUGUAUAUUAAUUAUAUUACUCAUUUAGAAGUGGAUCAUGGAAUAAAGAUAAAACAAACAAAAACAGAGGAUGGCAUGUACAAGUGUGAUUGUGAAGGCUGUGAUCGUAUUUAUGCAACAAGGUCUAAUCUCCUACGACAUAUUUUUAAUAAGCAUAAUGACAGGCAUAAAGAUCAUCUGAUAAGACCGAGGCGAUUCUUGACACCAGGUCAGGAAAAUAUUUCAAGUAAGGCUAAUCAGGAAAAAACCAUGAAAAUUAAGCAUAAAGGAUUAAAAUAUAGGGCAGGAAAGCAUGGAAACAAAAUAUCAAUUAGGACUAAGCGAAGGAAACUUAUAAUUGUAGAAAACAAGAACUCAAAAAUGGGCCAGAUCCUUGAAAAUAAGGCAUAUACUUUGAAAUGUGGCAAGUAUGUAUACUCAAUAAAGAGUAGGCAUGAUGCUUUAUCAGAAUGUUCAAGCCCUUUGGUCACACAAUAUCCAUGUAUGAUAGAAGGCUGUUCGUCAGUUGUCACAAGUGAAAAUAAUAUAAUUAGACAUUAUAAAUGUCACAAGUUGUCUAAAGCAUAUACUUCAAAACACAGAAAUAUCCUAAUUGUCUCAAACAAACAUCCUGAUUUAAUGGAGAAAGAAGUAUCUUCACAAAAUGAGGCAAUUGAGGACAAAACGUGUGAUGCAGAAUUGCAGCCACAUUUGUCUGAAACCCCUGAGGACUUGAGAGCCUCUACACCAGUGGCACAAAAAGAACCUGAGAAGAGUGAGAAGGAUGAAGUGGAUGAGCUUGCAGAAAUGUUCAUUACCAAACUUGUUAAUGAGGACCUCACAAGUUCAGAGAAUCAUGGAAAGCCUUCUGAUGUAAAUAAUGACUGCCAAGAAACUAGUUCUUGCCUUUCAGAAAAGCAAAACGUAAAUGGCAACUUGAAAAGAGCAAACAAAGAAAAAAAUCCUCAGAUUAAAAAGCGGAAAGUUGAGAAACAGGAAGAAAUCUUAGCUGUUGAAGUAAGUAGUGUGCGGAGAGAGGAGGAAACUGCUGUCGCUGUUCAAACUGCUGAAGAGCAAUCCGCAUCUUUUGACUGGAGUUCAUUUAAGCCUAUGGGAUUUGAAGUAUCUUUCCUCAAGUUCCUUGAAGAGUCUGCAGGGAAGCAAAAGAAACCUACAGAUAGAGCCUGCAAUAGCUGUGGAACCAGAAAAGGUUCUCAUUCAAACUCAAGAAAAUCUAAUGACAAGUCCUCGUUUGCAAGAACACGAUCAUGUUCUGAAAGUGAAAUCUAUGUACAGUUUGCUAACCCAUCACAAUUUCAGUGUAGCGGUACUGUAAAAAUAGUUUUAGAUAAGACUUUUAAAAAUUGCACUGAGCUUGUGUUGAAGCAGCUUCAGGAAAUGAAACCUACUGUCAGUCUUAUAAGACUUGAUGGACAUUUGGAGAAAAAUCCAGAGGUUACAAAAUAAUCGGGUAAUAUGUGUGGACUCUAUGUUCUGAUGAUUAAUGUCUAAACAUGACCUGUACUGCAUUUUUUUUAUUUUAUUUUAGUAGGAAGCCAUUGAGCAUGAGACUAUUUCUUAAGGUUUUCUGUUGAAGUGAUUUAACCUAGCAAAAUCAUGACAGUUGUCAUGUAAAUUUCUUUGUUUUUAUCCCUAUGGGACUUGGAACAGAAUCAUUGUUUCAGUUUUGUAAAUAAUUGAUCAGAACCUCAAUUUUUUAUCAGAUUUUUGUCCUUUUCCAUGACUCAAAUAUUUGUGUAUUGUCUGUGGUAUUUUUCACUGGGUCACAGCUCAUAUAUAACAGUACUUUUUAUUUGUAGAUACAUUUUUGUAUAUAUUUAUUAUUGUAAAUCAUUUGCUGCUGUUAGCAGUCUGUAAGUCUGAAAUAUUAAAUGACACGUUUAUAUUCAGAAUUUUAAUUUGUAACUAAGUGAUCCAGUUUUUAAAAUAUUCUUUUAAACUUUUUAAAGUAACAACUAGGUAAGUCUACCAUAUCCAGUUUCGUUUUGCAUAAAAUGUGUGUACAGGAGAAGAGAUUGAUCAGAUCACACUUAAUUGGUUAAAAUACAUACUGACACAGUUGUGUUUGUAACUUGAAACAUCCAAUAUCUUUGGAUGGUAUUCAUAUGUACUUAACUCAAACUUUUUCCUAUAACUGCAUUUGCAUUGCUUUUAAUUGGAUCGAAAUUCUUCCACUUCCAUAAUAUAAUGGAAAUGUAAAUUUUAAAUAGUUUGCUGACACUGAAGAUUUUAAACAACAUUUUGGUAUUGAAUAACCCAUCGUGAAUGUGAUAGAAAAUUAGUAGUGUGGAGCAGUGUAUAUUUUUGAGGUGGUGAUUUGUGAAGUAGCCCAGUAUUGCCUUAAAUAAAAUCACAUUUCAUUUCUUGUUUUA